CCCCACCCCAGGAAAGUAGUGAGACCCAUGGCGAGCGCUGGGCAGGAAGGCCCUGCAGUGGGCUGCACACUGGCCAUGGAGCCUUGACCUCAGCCCUGGCUCCCGCAGCUAGUCAAGAGCCCCCAGCCCAGCGCUGAGCCCAGCAGAGCUACAGCCUGUUCCUGGAGAAGGUCAAGCUGGACCAGCUAGGCUGCCGCAUGCAACCCCACCAGGCCAGUGCCUCCCCACCUCGGUCUGGACUCCUCUCCUCUGCCCUCUCCUCUCCUUGCCUCACCUGCACUGACCCCUGACUGGCCACCAGAAUCCUCUCUCAGCCCCUCGGGGUCCUCGGACUGACCUUCUCUCUUCCUCUAAGCCUCUGCAGUCUGCUCACCAACCCCAGGCCUCUUAGUCCCCCCACCUCACGCUCCAGCCAUGAAGCCCCCGUCAGGGCUGGAGGAGGCCCAGCGGCCGGCCUCGGACAUCUGCGUGUUCGCCAGCAGCUGCACGCUGCACGGGCUGGGCCAUGUCUUCGGCCCUGGGGGCCUGACCCCGCGCCGGGGGCUGUGGGCAGCAGCUGUGCUCCUGUCGCUGGCUGCCUUCCUCUACCAGGUGGCUGAGAGGGUGCGCUACUACGGGGAGUUUCACCACGAGACGGCCCUGGACGAGUGCGAAAGCCACCAGCUCACCUUCCCGGCGGUCACCCUGUGCAACAUCAACCCGCUGCGCCGCUCGCGCCUCACACCCAACGACCUGCACUGGGCCGGGCCCACGCUGCUGGGCCUGGAGCCCGCCGAGCACGCAGCCUUCCUGCGUGCCCUGGGCCGGCCCCCCGCACCGCCCGGCUUCAUGCCCAGUCCCACCUUCGACACGGCCCGACUCUACGCCCGGGCCGGGCACGCCCUUGAGGACAUGCUGCUGGACUGCCGCUACCGCGGCCAACCGUGCGGGCCUGAGAACUUCACCUCGAUCUUCACCCGGAUGGGGCUGUGCUACACCUUUAACUCUGGCGCCAACGGGGCAGAACUUCUCACCACUCCCAAGGGUGGCAUGGGCAACGGCCUGGAGGUCAUGCUGGACGUGCAGCAGGAUGAGUAUCUGCCUGUGUGGAGGGACACGGAGGAGACCCCAUUUGAGGUGGGGAUCCGCGUGCAGAUCCACAGCCAGGAGGAGCCGCCCAUCAUCGACCAGCUGGGCUUUGGGGCUGCCCCAGGCUACCAGACUUUUGUGUCCUGCCAGAAGCAACAACUGAGCUUCCUGCCACCGCCCUGGGGCGACUGCAGCUCCGAAACUCUGGACCCCGACUUUGAGUCGGAACCCGCUGGUCCCCUGGAUCCCCCCAGACCCAACCCAGGCCCCAGCCCUCCCUACAGUCUAAUGGGGUGUCGCCUGGCCUGCGAGACCCGCUACGUGGCUCGGAAAUGUGGCUGCCGAAUGAUGCAUAUGCCUGGCGGCGCGCCGGUGUGCAGCCCCCAGCAGUACAAGGACUGUGCCAAUCCGGCGCUGGACGCCAUGCUGAGGAAGGACGCGUGCGCCUGCCCCAACCCGUGCACCAGCACGCGGUACGCCAAGGAGCUCUCCAUGGUGCGGAUCCCAAGCCGCGCCGCCGCCCGCUACCUGGCCCGGAAAUACAACCGCAGCGAGGCCUACAUCGCGGAGAACGUACUGGUGCUGGACAUCUUCUUUGAGGCCCUCAACUAUGAGACAGUGGAGCAGAAGAAGGCCUAUGAAGUUUCGGAGCUGCUCGGUGUGUGGGUGUUCAUGCGCGCUCGCGCAGGGCACCCCCAGGGUGUGGGCAGAGCAAGUGGCUGUGAGCUGACUGGUGAUUCUGUCUCUGCAGGCGACAUUGGGGGCCAGAUGGGGCUGUUCAUUGGGGCCAGCCUGCUCACCAUCCUUGAGAUCCUGGACUACCUCUGUGAGGUGGGCCCAGGCCCCAGCUGGGGGAGGGGGAAGGAAUCUAUCCACAGGAUCCAGGAGAAGGUGCGCGCUGGCCACCUGCCCCAAUGCUUGCCCCCAGGUGUUCCGAGACAAGGUCCUGGGAUACUUCUGGAACCGAAAGCGCUCCCAAAGGCACUCCAGCACCAAUCUGCUUCAGGAAGGGCUGGGCAGCCAUCGAACCCAAGUUCCCCACCUCAGCCUGGGCCCCAGGCCUCCCACCCCGCCCUGUGCUGUCACCAAGACUUUCUCUGCUUCCCACCGCACCUGCUACCUCGUCACACGGCUCUAGACCCUGUGACUGUGUCUUCAGGGCUGCACCUUGGCAUCUUGGACAUGCCCAGCCUGCACAUGUCUUUGCCAUCUUCACCCCAAAUAAAAUUCUAGUGCAUCAGUCUCAGCUGUUCUUCCUACAGGCAGCCUAGUCAGGAUAAGGUCAGCCCUACUCAGGCACAAGAUGACCUGCCAGCCAUCUUACAGUGGACAUGGUGUCUGAAAUGUGGGCUGGGUCCCAGUUAACCACCAGAAAUCUCUCUGGGAGAGAAGAGGAGUAAGAGGGCAUCAGUCAUUUGAACCUCAGUGUGAAUGAGUUCAUCAGACUCUCAGAGAGAGCGGAGCCCAAAGCCAGGUGUGCAGGCAGAGAGAAGUCAGGGGUAGGACAAUCGCAUUUGGGGUACUAUAACGGAAUAGCUGGAAGAAGCCUCUGACCCAGAGCCUGGCAAGAAGUCGGGGGACAGACAGGGAGAAGACACACCAAUGCUCACUCCCAAGGACACAAGCUGUUGUCCUGCCUUAGAUCACGACUCUUCUUCUCAUGUUGGGACCAAGCGCCAGCACACCACCUGUCUCUAUGGGAACAGCUUUUGCUUUCCCAACUUCCCCACAAGAGCUGAAGGCCCCAGCUUGACAAGGUAGAGGGAGGCCCUGCCUUCCCACUCCUGCCAGUAAGGACACGCCCAGGCCACCCUAGCCACAGCCCAUUUUCCCUGCUCUCUCUGUACCCAAAAUAUUGGAAAACUGACAAAUAAGGGAGCAGGGGAGGGGGUGUUCCUGAUCUAACCACAUUUUUGGGGCUUUCCUGUCCCAGCCUGCAGGCCUGCAUAUGGGGGGAUGAGGAGGGAAGGGACAGGGUGGGCACAUGUGUGAUAUGGAGAACCACAGGAAAGGCCUGGCCCUUUUCUCCUCAUUCAGCAGAAGCCCAUCCUUGCUCUCAGACACCUGCAGCCUAACCCACCAGGGCUGUGUCUGGGCCUCCUAAGCAGAGGGGGAAAGGGGUGUGUCCCAGUGCAUUAAGACAUAUGGAGACAGCACUGCCCCUGAGCCCAGCCAUAAGGGGUGGGGGUUACAGCCUACAGCUCCCAGCCUCAGGCCACUUAGAGUAGUGGAGCAAGGACCAGACACUUGGGCUGUGUCUGAGCUGGAAGCAGGGUUGUAGAGAGCAGUAAGGUGGAGCAGAGCCCCCCAGCCCACCCUGUCUCA